AUGUCUUACUACCCCCCACCACAAGAACCCUACUACGGCGGACGCCCUCCAUACGAGCGUCCGCCAUACGACCGUCCUCCCUACGAGGGUGGUCCUCCCCCGGAGCGGCCCCCUUAUGACCGUCCUCGUUACGAGGGUUCUCCUUACGACCGCCCUUCCUAUGAGCGCCCCCCUCCAGAGAGAUACAACUCCGGUCCUCCCCCGCCGGAGCGCCCUCCCUACGACCGUCCCCCAUACGGUGACCGGCCUCCCUACGAAGGCGGCGAGCGCGGAUACGACUCCCCUGCUCCUCGUCCUCCCUACGAAGGUGGCGAGCGCGGCUUCGACUCUCCCGCUCCCCGUCCUCCCUACGCCAGCCCUCCUCCUUCCGCUCGUCCUCCUCCCGUCCCUCCCCCUCCUCUUCCCAUGGAAUGGGCCCAGGAGUGGGAGCCCAGCCUCCGCCGCGCCUACUACGUCCACAUGCCUUCCGGCCGCACAGAAUGGGAGCUCCCCGCUGACAUGUCCCGCGACAUGCCUCCCCCUGGUCCUCCCCCGGCCGGUGGUCCGGGCUACUACGCAAGCCCCCCUCCGCCGCAGGAGGGCGGGUACUACCCCGACCCCCAGGCCCAGCAGAUCUCUGAGGAGGAGCAGAAGAAGAAGGACCGUAAGAACAUGCUUAUGGGUGGCGCAGCUGGUCUGGCUGUUGGUGCUCUCGGCGCUGCAUUCAUUUCCCACGAGAUUCACGAGCACGAGGAAGAAAAGGAAGAAGAGGAGCGUGAAGAACAGUCGUAUGACUAUGACCGGCCGCCUGUCGUCUACGAGCGCGAGACUACUAUCAUUGAGCGUGGAGAGGAGCCUGCAUAUGAUUACGAGGAGGAUGGAUGGUAG